AUGGAAUAUGGUGUUUAUAUUCAACAUACUUCUGAAGGCAAUAUGAUUAUGGUAGGUCUUUAUGUUGAUGACAUAUUGCUGACAGGGAGUUGCUCUUAUGAGAUAGUCAAGUUCAAGAAGGUGCUGAUGAAUGAAUUUGAGAUUACUGACCUAGAAAAGUUGAUAUACUUUCUAGGGAUGGAGGUUUUGUACUCUAAGAAGGGUAUCAUUCUGCAUCAGCUGAAAUAUGAGCUUGAGCUUCUGAAGAGAUACAAGCUGACAAAUUAUAAGUCUGCAGUCACACCUGCUGAGAUGAAUCACAAAUUGGAUUCUGAUGCUGAGGGUGAUGAUGUGGAUGCUACUACUUUCAAACAGUUAGUAGGCUCGCUGAGAUAUCUUUCUAAUACCAGACAUGACAUUUGUUACGCAGUUGAAAUGGUGAGUAGGUUUAUGAACGAACUAAAGUGGUCACAUUAUCAAGUUGUUGUUAGGAUUUUGAGGUAUAUUAAGGGGACUCUGAAGUUUGGAGUUAUGUUUCCUUCUGGAGAUGAAUGUGAGUCAUAA